AUGGCCACGUCCAAAGCCGCGUCUGGCAGGCCUGUCAGCCUUGCCGGCGCCGAAAGUUAUGCUUUGUCGCUUGAGGCUCGGUGUCAACAAAUGGACGCCACGUGCCAAAGGUUAGAGGUUAUCACGACACAAAUCCUGCAUGCCGUCGAAGCAAUCGACAACUACAAGCUCCCAUCGCAGACAGACAAUAAUUUCAAUAAAAGCUUGACCCAGACAACUCCCCCUAUUCGAACCUUUUCAAGAGUCGGCGAGAAAGACUUAAACAAGGCUGGUAUGGACGUCAGUGACAAUACCAAUCCAAGUCCAUACCAGCCAGUCGUCGAAGACGAGCCUCAGGAUCACCUUGGGGCCCUGGGAUAUAUCGAUGUCGAUAUGUCUGACUCUACCGAGUCUGAUGAUGAUCCAGAUGUAGAUGUGUCUGAUGGCGAGGGUGCUAUAGAUCAGGCUACCGCGUUCGUCAAGGACUCCUAUGGCCGCUUUCGGUUUGUUGGUGGCUCGGCCAACAAAAUGCUCAUCGACGCGGCCAAGGGUAUGUCACCCAGCAGUCGGGCGCAGCCGUCACAGACUCCAGGCUCCAGCGCGCUGAUGGAUACGGGCAGCGCCCAUGGCGACCAGAUUUCGCCGGAAGACGAUGAUGUUGAGCUUCCACUCUUCGUCCGCGGCAAGAUCUGGCCGGAGCUCCCCUUUCUGCCCAGGCCGGAACAGCUGACUCGGCCUCCACAGUACAUCUCGGACCUUCUCGUCGGCCUCUACUUUGACAAGCUACACUACACCUUUCCGGUCCUUUUCAAGCCGCAUUUCAUGCGUAGCUACGGAAAGAAGCUUCGCUGUGGUCCGAACGCAUCCUCUCCCUCUCUGGACAAGGACUUUCUCAGGGUAUUCUUCGCUGUGUGCGCUUCCGGACUCCUGCCUGCCAAUCCAGACGGCGGCUUCCCGGGCUUCGAGUAUUACGAAAAGUCCCUGUUGCUGCACUACGCAUCGCCAGGACAGGCCUCACUCGAGCGCGUCCAAUGCCUCGGCCUCCUUGCCAUGUGCACUGCCAGCUGGAACACAUUGACGCAGAGCUGGAGUCUUGCCGGUCUUGCGGUGAGGUCAUCUAUGGACAUCGGUCUUCACGUGAACAGCCAAUUUACGAUGCCACAUACGGAGAACUCUGGAGACGCACAGCGUGCCAGGACCCUACAGAACCAGAUAGAAAGACCAAUGAGCAUCUCGAGCGACGAUACCAUCUAG